AGAGCUUCUUUUUUUUUUUUAACUUUUUUUUUUUUUUUUUUUUUCUUGAAGUGCACUUCGCAGGGAGGGAGCAGACAUGAUUCGGUUGCUUUUUCUGGUCUCCAUCCUGGAUGGUGCGCUCUCUCAGCUCCGCUACUCCGUGGCAGAGGAGCAGGAGCCCGGGACCGUGGUUGGGAAUAUCGCGGAGGAUUUGGGGCUGGACAUGACCAAACUUUCCGCUCGCCGCUUCCAGACUGUGCCCAGUUCACGGACACCCUAUCUAGAAAUGAACUUAGAAAACGGCGCGCUCGUGGUGAGGGAGAAAAUUGACCGAGAAGAAAUCUGCAAGCAGACCAUCCCGUGCCUAAUGCACUUGGAAGUGUUUUUGGAGAACCCGUUGGAACUCUUUCGCGUCGAGAUCGAAGUGCUGGACAUCAACGACAAUCCACCCAGUUUUCCCGAGCCGGAUAUUUCGGUGGAGAUAUCUGAGAGCGCCAUCCCCGGGACGCGCUUCCCAGUGGAGAACGCCUUCGACCCGGACGUGGGCGCAAACGCUCUCAGCACAUACGCCAUCACCAAUAAUAACCAUUUUUACUUGGACGUGCAGACUCAAAGCGACGGGAACAAGUUCGCCGAGCUCGUGCUGGAGAAGCCUCUGGACAGGGAGCAGCAAGCGGUUCACCGCUACGUGCUCACCGCCGUGGACGGGGGAAACCCGCAGCGCACCGGGACCGCGCUCCUGGUCGUGAAAGUUCUCGACUCCAACGACAACGCGCCCACAUUCGACCAGUCCGUCUACACGGUGAACUUACGGGAAAACUCCCCCGUGGGCACCCAAGUCAUUCAGCUCAACGCCACUGACGUCGACGAGGGGCAAAACGGGGAAAUUAUUUAUUCGUUCAGCAACCACAAUACCCCGCGGAUUAAAGACUUAUUCAGCAUCGAUGCCAGGACGGGUAGGAUAGAGGUGGCGGGUGUGGUGGACUACGAGGAGAGCAACACGCACCAGAUUUACGUGCAAGCCAAAGAUUUGGGGGCGAACGCCGUGCCCGCUCAUUGCAAAGUGCUCGUGAAACUGCUGGACGCGAACGAUAACACUCCAGAGAUCGGCUUCAGCACUGUGACCGAGUCCGUGAGCGAGCAGGACGCCCCGGGCACAGUCAUCGCACUUUUCAGCGUCUCGGAUCGGGACUCGGGCGAGAACGGUUUAAUGAGCUGCGAGAUCCUGGGAGAUGUCCCUUUCAAGCUGAAGUCGUCUUUCAAAAACUACUACACUAUCGUGACGGACGGCCCGCUGGACCGAGAGACGACGGAGUCCUACACGAUCACAGUGGUGGCGAAAGAUAAGGGCCAGCCCGCUCUUGCCGCCAGCAAGUCCAUUAAAGUGCACGUCUCUGAUGACAAUGACAACGCGCCCCGUUUUACGCAGGUGCUUUAUGACGUGUAUGUGACUGAGAAUAAUGUGCCCGGGGCUUUCAUUCACGCUGUGAGCGCUUUAGACCCUGAUAUCGGCCAGAACGCUCUUAUUACUUACUCCAUAUUGGAGUGUGACAUCCAGGGCAUGUCUGUGGACACUUAUGUUUCCAUAAAUCAGGACACCGGUUACCUUUACGCACUGCGCUCUUUCGAUUAUGAGCAGCUCAAAGAGUUUAGCUUCAUGGUCCAGGCUAAGGACACAGGAACACCUGAGCUUUUCUCAAAUGCCACUGUGAAUGUUAUAAUAGUGGACCAAAAUGAUAACGCCCCAACUGUCAUAGCCCCCAUUGGUAAAAACGGCACGGCGAAGGAGCCCCUGCCACGCACUGCUGAGCCUGGCUACCUUGUGACACGCGUCGUGGCCAUGGAUGCGGAUGAUGGCGAGAACGCACGGCUGUCUUACAGCAUCUUGCGGGGCAACGAGAUGGGCAUGUUUCGUAUGGACUGGAGGACAGGCGAGCUGAGGACCGCCCGCCGGAUCGCUCUCAAGCGGGACUCUCAGGGCCAUUAUGACCUACUAAUAGAAGUGAGGGACCACGGACAGCCCCCCCUGUCAUCCUCGGCCAGUGUGAGUGUGAUAUUAGUGGACAGUGUGGUCGAAGGUCGCGGUGGGGAUCGUGGCUCCGCCUCGAAGGCAAAGGAAACCUCUCUUGACCUGACGCUCAUUCUGAUCAUAGCCCUCGGCUCUGUGUCCUUUAUCUUCCUCUUGGCUAUGAUUGUCUUGGCCGUGCGCUGCCAAAAGGACAAGAAACUCAACCUGUACACUUGCCUGUUGGCCGGUGACUGUUGCAUGUGUUGCAGCUCCUGCUGUAGCAGGCACGCUCGAGGCCGCAAGCAGAAGAAGCUCAGCAAGUCAGACAUCAUGUUGGUUCAGAGUACCAAUGUGACAUCAGGUGUUGGGCCUGUGGGGCAGGUGCCCGUGGAGGAGUCUGGAGUGGGGAGUCUGGGAGGGGGAUUUGGCUCCCACCACCACCAGGACCAGAACUCCUACUGCUACCAAGUGUGUCUGACACCAGAGUCUGCCAAAACUGAUCUGAUGUUCCUAAAACCAUGCAGUCCCUCCCGAAGCACUGAUACGGAUCACACCAACCCGUGUGGCGCCUUAGUUACUGGUUACAGCGACCAACAACCAGACAUCAUAUCCAACGGCAGCAUUCUUUCCAGUGAGAAUAAACAUCAACGCGCGGAACUCAGCUACCUGGUGGACAGACCAAGACGUGUUAACAGUUCGGCAUUCCAAGAAGCAGACAUCGUGAGCUCUAAAGACAGCGGUCACGGAGAUAGCGAACAAGGCGACAGUGACCAUGAUGCCACGAACCGGGGCCACUCUGCCAGUGCUGAUCUGUUCUCCAACUGCACAGAGGAGUGCAAGGCCCUGGGUCAUUCUGACCGCUGCUGGAUGCCAUCCUUCGUCCCAUCUGAUGCACGCCAGGGGCCAGACUACCGCAGCAACCUCCAUGUCCCCGGAAUGGACGCUACAUUGCCAGACACUGAGGUACCCUCGUCUGUCAACCUCUCCAACCAAGUCGCCUUGACAUCGUCCACCGCUUCGUCCAACGAUAGGUCAUUCUUCACCUUUGGCAAGGAUGGUCAAAGGUCACAGUCACACAACAACCUUCACCAUCACCUCCAUCCCCAACAGCAGCAGUACAGCUCCAGCACGCUAGAGAGGAAAGAGUAUGAUAGGGGGACCCUUCCGUACAAAUCCACUUUUUUCUGUGAGUAUCAGUAUGAAAAAUCCCGAGGACCUUUUGACUUUGGUCAGGUCCAGUACAGAUACUAAAAGAGGAACUGCUGAAUAUCCCUCUUUCUGAUCUGGACUAUAAACUUUUAGUUCUUCUGUUUUUAAGGAGCUUCAAAGUGCAACUUUAGUUUGUUGUAUUGUUCUUUUGCAAUUUGUUUUUAUCAAAUGUAAAGUGUAAUCCAUUAUUGCUUACCCCCCUUUUCUCCAAUAUCAACCGAAAUAGACUUCCCCAGUGCUCUUAAAUACUGUCUGUAAGUAUGUGACAUAAAAAAAAUAAAUAAUUAAAUAAAAAAGAAUAAGAAGAUGAAUUGGACUCCCUGAAUCUGCUGUGGCCCAUUUGUCUCCCUCCCACGCUCUGUAAAUUCCCCCUGUAAAAGUCUUGCCAAGCUAUCUUUUAUUUUUUUUAAAAUCUGAUGUCCAUACAUAUACAGGUCAUCAACAUCAAGCUCACCUCAUGAUUUUAUUUGUUUCAUUGUCUCACACAUCUAUCCUAAUGCUGUUUAUUGUUUAUUGAUUCUAAUCCAUAGAAAGAAUUAGCUGUACCACUUUAUUCUGGAAAAGAAUGAGUUCCGUGUGUAGACAAGCAUGCUGACAAACAUCAGUCAAAAAUCUUAAAUUAGGAAGGUUGAGCUGCAUACAUCAUAUUGAUAUCAAUUGGAACAAUAAAAGGGAAUUUCCAGCUCCAAAGAGUUCUACAGCAUUCAUUAGGAGACGAUGGCAAAUCAUUUCCGCGUUCCCACAUAGCAUGAAUAAUCUAUUAGCUCUAAGAGUAGAGAAUGGAUUCAACAUACACUCAGUAGAGAGGUCAUUUCCAAUCAAGUCACGAGCAUGUACACCGCCAUCCUCCAUGAAACUGCCUGCUGACUGUGGGCUGUCUCUCAGGUAAAGAAUUGUUUGUGACCUACCAAAGUGUGCCAAGCAAUUUCUCUGCAGUACAACAAUUGCCUGUGUGGAAAAAUCAUUGCUAUUUAGCCUUAAGGUGCAAUAACCUGCUCUUAAUAUAACAGGCUUGCUCAUCUCUUCUGCUUCACAGUGUAAUGAUAAAUGUGCAAUAUAAAAAUAUAUUUUAUACCCUUUUGAUUUGUGGUUUUAUUUUGAUUUUGGUCUUUUCAAAUAAACGGGCUUCAUUAUGGCACAGCAGAAGUUGUGAUGUUCAGCAUGGUGCAAAGACAAGGGGAACAACUCCAGAGGUUGAUGCUAUGCUAAGAUUGUGUCAUAGCUAAAAUAGCUUCAUAGCUAAGAUACAGCUAGCUUCAUACUGUAUAUCGAUAUCAUUUUUUAUUGACCCAUUAAUAGAUACUGACACCAUUUUUGUACUGUGUUUUCUACAUAAUGUAGACAUAAAAUUUUAAGUAUUCAUCGUCACCGUUUUAAAAUCCCAUUCCUUAGGUUUAGUAUUACACACUGGAGGAGGAGCGUUUAUGGUGUAUAAAUAUCUUCACAAACAGUCCUUCGUGGCAUGUAUCCUUCAACGAGCUGUAUUUGUAGCCG